GACGCUGAUGAUUCCCCAGAAUGCAGCGCGCCGCCCCUUCCUUUUCCUCCAUCUUGGAUGCCAGUGCGGUACUGCACCAGGAUAAUAUAAACCCAAGAUGUCUGGGAGACUCUGGUGCAAAGCCACCUUUGCUGGCUAUAAGAGAGGUCUCCGAAAUCAGAGAGAACACACAGCUCUCCUGAAAAUUGAAGGAGUUUACGCUCGUGAUGAAACAGACUUCUAUCUGGGCAAGAGAUGCGCCUAUGUGUACAAAGCAAAAAACAACACAGUAACUCCAGGUGGCAAGCCCAACAGGACCCGUGUAAUCUGGGGAAAGGUGACCCGAUCUCAUGGUAACAGCGGGAUGGUUCGUGCUAAGUUCCGCUCUAACCUCCCAGCCAAGGCCAUUGGACAUAGAAUCCGUGUGAUGCUUUACCCAUCAAGGAUUUAAAUAUUGCCAUUUGAAAAUAAAACCAUUCUGGAUCUUGA